UAAAAAAAUGACUUCCUCACAUAUUUCUUUACUUGAUUUAUCAAAACAACUCAAUUUUCAAAUUGAUGAAGAAAUAAAAAAGCAACUCUGCUUUGCGGAAACCUUGAUAAUAAGUUGUGGUCAUCAUGAAGGCGAUGUCCGAGAUGAUAAUUCAGAAUCAGACUGGACUUGCGAAGAAUCUUCUGAAAGCGAGAUUUCUGAAGAAGUUCAACACGAGAGUUACAAAAAGGAAAAAGCACCAUUAGUAGAAGAAAAGCAAGAAAAUCCUGAAGAGGAUGUGGAAAAUGAUUUUUAUUUUUACUUUUUUCCAGAUUGCUCACAGCCGCUACCAAAUAAGGACAGCAAAGCGAGCAUAAUAAUUGAAAAUGGGUUGCCCAAAUUAAACCCUGCAUCGGCAGCGAAACAUCAUGAUAAUUGUACUUGUGUAUUUGAUAAAAGUGGCAAGUGCUCUUGUUUUACGAAAGUGCCUUGUAGCUGUGGAGCGAAGGUACACGAAGAAUGUAAAUGUCUUAAAUUAGAAAAUAUUUGUCUGUGUGAUGAUGGAAGGCCACAAGUUGCUUGCACUUGUAAACCAAGUGAUGUUUGUUUAUGCCAUCCUGAUAGUAAGCCACGCCCUAUAUGCACAUGUGGACAAAUUAAUAAGCCUUGCAUUUGUCACAAGGGUAAAUUUCCUUGUCCUAUUUGCGUUUGUGAAAGCAAACCAACAUGUUCUACAUCAGAAACAAAGAUUGAAGAAAUUGGAGAGGACACAUAUGAAGAAGAGAAUAAAGCUUAUACUGAAAUUCCUGAAGAGUCUGUGAAAGAGCCGUGCACAUGUCAACAAGAACCAUCUAAAAAACUAUGCUUUUGUAAAAAAGGCGAGGAAUGUAUUUGUGAAAAUGAUUUAUGUAUUUGUGAUAUACGGCCACCGUGUGUCUGUGAGACUAUCGAAGGGAAAGAGCCGAAGUGCAAGGACGAUGAGAUUAAAUCUGUUUGCAGCUGUCCCUUUAUACCCGAAUGUACUUGUUCAGCAGGAUCUCCAAGUAAAUGUUCGUGUUUACCAAAACCAGGUACUUGCACUUGUGGAGACCCUCAAGAUUGUAAAUGCUUUAAAUCUUGCGAAUGCACAGAACCUUGCAUUUGCGAUAUACAACCUAAACCAGAGGCGAUAUGUGUAUGCCCAGAAAAUCAGAUAAAAAUUUCGGAUGGUUUAAUUUGUACAUGUCCAUCCAAGAAAGAAAAGCCCCACAAAUUAAAGAGAACAAGAGCUGGAAAGCAUGGUUAUCGAUGGUGCCAUGACGUGGAUCCUAAGCAUACAUUUUUUGAUUAUGCUUACGACCGACACAAGAAAAUAUCUUAUAGGGAGCAGGAGAAGGAAAAGUUGAAAAUCUUGGGCCUCUAUGAAGAAGAACAGACUAAUGAUGUUACUUGUCCAAUUCACGAAGUUAAAGCACCCGAAUAUAAGAAAAAAGUCCGUAAACCUUCAUUGGAUUGCUGCAGCGCAGUUGGAGGUAUAAGUAUAAGUGUUGAGACACUUGGUGAAGACGAGGAUAAAUUUUUAGUUCAAGUAGUUUCGCAUUCUUCUAAAAAUGGAGCCAAAGCGGGCGCAAAGCUCGUUAGUAUUUUGGAUCGCAAUUUACAUACGAUGGAAGAAAGCAGAAACGAACAAAUAACAAAGAAGGAUAUAACGAAAGAGCGUCGAAGUUACAUGACAAUUUGUGAGAGCGGCUAUUACAAUAAAGUGACCCGUAUUUGUGGGGAACGCCAUUUUGUAAAACGCAUUUACCAUUCCUUCGAAGACGCUCGCAAUUUUUUACUAGAAGGUGCAAACGUAAUCCUAUUGCGAUAUUUUGCGAUUAAUCGACAUAAAGGGACGAUAAAAACUGAUACAGUACUAAUUGACGGUUCAAUAUGCGAAAGUAUUUAUGUAUGUAUGGGAACUAGCCAAGCAAUUGUCAAUGGAAAAUCCCUUUUCGUAAUAAAGGUAGAACGACAUAUAAUAGAGCCAUCUGGAUAUAUCCAUCAAACAUUGAUAGUUUUAACCCUUAAAGGUUACCUUGUGAGCCUCGAGUGGGCGGACAAUAGCUAUAUAAUUCACCUGAACCCGCUGCUUCGCGUCGUUCCCGAAAAGGAUGAGAUAGAACCACACGAGCCGUGCCGUGAGAAAUGGAGGAAUGAUCUGCAAUUGUUCUCGGAUUACCUGGACUUUAAGAGUACUCGGUCGUCAGAAGGUGCUCGCUACGUGACCGAGAACGGCGAGCUGGCCGGCACGAUACGCGACUACCUCCAGACGUUGCUGCUCCUGCGACCCCACGACGCAUUACACUUCACCAGACAUUACUUCGGAGCUGCGCUGUCCGCCCUCGAUCUUCCGCACAACGAGUACUUCGAUCCGUGCACUAAACAUGUUAGAUAUUACUUUUUUGAGGAGUGAUUUUUCUUUGUAGUGUAUUUUGGUUGUUAAAAUUGAUUGGCGAAUAAAUCUG